CUUACUGAGUCACGUGGUACUGAAAGGUUAGCGUGGUUUGGUUUCUGUGUUGCCGUCUGGUCCGACAGCUUUCCCGGUUUUCCGUUAAUCGCAACCAAUUAUUAAAGGUUUGGGUGAGCACUAGAGUCGCUCACCUUUCCUCCGCCUUCAUGACAUCGUAUCGUACGUUCGCGCCUGUGGACUCCAAGAAAGAGGAGUUCCGGAAGUACCUGGAAAAAAGUGGAGUGUUUGAAAGACUGACAAUAGCACUUGUGAGCCUCUUUGAAGAGCAGGAAAGGCCAGAAAAUGCAAUUGCCUAUGUCAAAGCACGUCUUGAUCCUGAGAAUACGGAAGCCAGCACUGAGGCUAUGAAGCAAGAGCUCGAGCAAGUGCGGAGGCAACUGGAAGACCUCCAAAUAGAGCACAAUCAUCUGAAGAUGCAGAUUGCCAAGGGCGAAGUGGAAGAGGCAAUUGUUGCAGAGCCUGAAUUGUAGUCAUCUGUUGGCAGCAUAUUGAAGGGAAAUUGUUACGCGUCUCUCUUUCAAAACGUGUUGCUAUUUUGAUGGGAGCAUUAGCUCCUGCUUAGGUGUGCUUCUCGCAGAUGAAGCAAGCAUGUACCUAACAUCCAAUACCUUGAAGGGAGAGAAAUCUAACAAUUUUGGCCUUGGGCUUUCCGUCCAUGACAUGUGCCUCCCUCAGUUCACUACACAUUGUGCCAGCACUCCCGACUAUGAAUUCUGCUUCUGAGUUAGCUGCAAUGUUGAUCCCAGACUGGCUUGCAUGCAUAUUACUAUACUUCGCCGUGGAGGCAGCUUGUAGAAGACGAGGGAGGAGUAGCGAAAAGUUUCUCUGCGCUAUUGCGCUGGAAUUUUUUAAUUAGACAUUGAUCACGCCAGUGGCUAAGCAAGACACAUAAUGCGUGAUGUCUGACAUUGCACAAUCUGCAGGUACUAUAUAUAGCUUUACUUUUUUAAAAGCUCGCAAUACUGCUAAAAUAAGGAUUAUCGUCAUCAGAUCUGCCCUCACAGCCUGCUGGGCAUCACUAAUGCAUGAAGUUGUGGCUCAUCUGUGGUUGAAAAUCUUGUUGAGUCCCGGUAGUGCAAUCCACUCUAUCAACUUCUUUUUUUUUUGGGGCAUGCCAGUUUGUGAUAGUUGGAAGAUUUUUAGCCUUAAGGAUUUUAUGUGUAAACGAUAUGAAAAAUGCUUAAGCAAGCUCUUUUAAGCAAUGUGGCAUUUGAUUAGGAAUUUCUGGAACAUGUCGGCAAGUAACAGCUGCACUAGUAUAAGCUUCGCUCCUUUUCGUUUUCCAAGCAGCAGUAUUACAUUCAGUCAGCCAGGAGUGCUGGACAUAGUCACCUGUAUGUAUGGUAGUAGAUAUUUUUGCAUUUAGUUUGUUUUCAAAUCUAGUGAUUGCAUGUGGCCACCUAUCAGUGGCUCUGUAGAUGUGUUCAGACAGAACCUGCUAUGGUAGUGAGGAGCCCACAGUCAAUCAGUACUUGUAGUACUUAUUUUGGUGGAAAAAGUCUUCCUUGAUAUUUGUUAAAAGAGAUCUGUUAUUUUGUCUGUUAUUUACUGCAGUAACGGGGGACUGCAAUAUGUGUGCCGUUGAGGUUGUCCUGGUUACCGUUUCUGUAUCCUGUUUUGAAAGUGAUAAGCAUCGAGUCGUUCCUUUUUUUUGAGCUCACAAUAAACUUGAUUGUGAUGAGACA